CUGAAGUUCUAGUGAGAGAAGCAAAGCAACGCAACUUCCUUCAACAUACUACAGACUAGGAAGGCGCCACGCAGCAAAUCGACAGGUAUUUUACACUGAAGCGGAUAUGAGCUCAAGCGCCGCGACGCGGGCGCCCCAAGCGCUCAGCCAGCCGCUGUCUGGUUUUGUGGGGGCGUCAGCACGGCGCUUUUGAAGUGUAACUAACAACAUUUUGUACUACCAACAAUUGAAAGCAAAAGGCAGCAAAGCAAACCGCAUAACAGGUUAACGGGCACUCCCCAGUCUGAACAGCAGGCACAAGAGCAGCUGCAAUUAGCAUUCAUCAAAAGUGGGCGCAAUGCAGCUUAGUGGGCAGUGUUUGUGGCUGCUGCUGCUGCAACUGCAACUGGUGCACGGCAAUGUUACAGCCAAUGCCGGCGAUAGCUACAACAUACGGCACGGACGCUCGAGGACACAUUUGCUGCACAAUAGCAAUGGGAAUAGCACGAGGCUGCUGCUGAUCAGUGAACCGCUGGCCACGCCCACGCCCACACAGCCAGCGGGCGGCGAGGCAGCCGUCACGCAUAAAAUACGCAAAUUGCACAAGAAGAAAAUCAACGAGAGCAUACGCAAGAGCGUCGACAAGAGUCUCGGUUUAGUGCAUGCGGCCAAAAAUCAUCGCAGUCUGGCCGAGGCGGAGCAUCUGCAGGGCCGUCCCACCGACGAUGAGAGUGUGGGCGAGACGGCGGCGCUGAGUGAAGUUAUGCAGCUGGCGGAUGAGAUUGAUUUGGAAAACUCAUUAGAGUCGGCAGCUUAUGCCAGCUCGGCCAAUGGGGCCGAGGGUAAGCAGCAGCUGGCAAUCGCAAUGCGUCAAUUUGUGCGUGAUGAUGGCAAUUAUGCGGAUAGCGAUGAGCUGUCAAGCACGCCAGUGGCCACAGUGGCAACCAGAACACGACUGUUGCCAGUCAGCAGCACAGCGGCAACCACAACUACAACAACAACAGCAGCAGCAGCCACACUAGAGCCAGAGGUUAACAACUCAGCUGCUGACGACGACGACAACGACAACGACGACGAUGAUGAUGAUGAUGAUGAUGAAGUGGUUGAUUUGGAUACUGAUACGGUUACUGAUGUCAACAGUGGCAGUGGCAACAGCACAGAUGCUGCUGCCGCUGCUGUUGUCUGGUCAGAGCAGCUGCAGGCCAUAACGAGUGCACAAGAGCGCGAUAGCUCCAGCAUGGAGCUCAAGCAAAUCAACUUGAACUUUGACAGCUUUCCCGAGCUGGAUGCUGCUGAAACGGCCACGGCCAUAGUCACCGAGUCAACGCAUCAGCAUGAGGAGGUUAACAUGCUGGACACCUCGGAGGUCACCAUGGACGAUGGCUAUCCGCCCGAGGUGCUAAUCGACGACAAUAGCAAACAGCUUGUCAUUGGCGAUGUCGAUGAGAGCGUCGCCGUCGAGUCGAAUCAGAUAACCGCCGAUGUGAUAAAUGCGCGCGAUAGCAAAAUUGACUUGGUAUCCAAGUUUCUGCAAUAUAUCGAGCAGCAGCAUCUGAUGGGCUCCAACUGUGUCGCUGGCACGUCGCUGAAUUUGGGCGAGGGCGUCGUCGACCGCUACGCACAGGAUCGAUUUCGUGUCGAGGCCGAGGUGGCUGUCAAUCGUGCCAAUAUGCUGACCAGAAUAUUCAAGACAACGUCGCGCUCCGCACAGGAGGAUGUCAACCUGCUGCACGCCUCGGUGCUGUCCAUGGUGGAGUUUGAUGAUGACAUAUUCGCUGCUGGGAAUUGCUUCGAUUGGAACGAGCAUCCAGCGCAGCCGGGACUGUUCUGCCCGUUUGCGUAUAGGCUGCCGCCUCCAAACUUGGGCGCCAUCUUUGCCAAGGAUCUGGCCAUGGAGUAUCAUUAUCUGGGCAAUACAUCCGAGUGGUUCUUUCUCGCGCGCAAGAAUGCCGAGAAGGUGAUAGCGCGCAACGAGCAGUACCUGAAAUCUUUUCAUCUGUAUUCAAAUCGCACCGAGGAGCGCAUCGAGGACGACACGCUGGCUGUGAAGUAUGAGGAUGGGCGCUGGUCGAAGCCGUAUUACGAUUGCGGCGGUGGCAAUAUCUGGAUGCUAACGUAUACGGUGCCAUUCUUUGGCUACGAGAAUGGCAGCUAUCAUUUCAAAGGCACAUCUGGCAUUGAUAUUGACUUGAGGCGCGUGGACAUCGAUCAGUGCCCGCAGCGUCCGACGCCCGGCACCAAGCGCCCGUUGAACAUCUUCGCCGGCACCGACAAGUGCAAACAGCGCACAACUAUGUGCGAGGCUAUAAUGGGUCUGGGCUUUCGACGCGGCUCCUACAAAUGUCUAUGCCGCAAGGGCUUUUAUUUUCCUGACGUUAUUGCGCAGAACAAGUUCUUCAAUGGCAGCCUGCUGGAGGAGGAAUACGAGAAGCUCAUGCUGGGCAAAAAUUCCACAUACAACAGCAACAACGAGUACGAAUGCCAGCCCUGUGCCGAGGGCUGUGACUCCUGUGAGGAUUCCUCGCCCUGCAUUGCGGCCCUCAAUUGGCCCAUGCGUACCAGCAUCCUGGCCCUUGCCUGCAUUGUCAUCGGUCUGUUGCCGCCAGCCGCUUGGUUUACAUUUCGCUAUCAACAAGUCAAGGUUGUGCGAGCCGCCAGUCCAGCGCUUUUAAGGGUCAUUGCAUUGGGUGCCUUCUUUAUCUACUGCACGAACAUUGUGAUGUAUCCGAAUCCGAACCUCUACACCUGCACCGCACGCAUUUGGCUACGUGAAAUUGGCUUCUCACUGACCUACGGUGCACUGAUGCUAAAGACCUGGCGCAUUUCGGUUAUAUUUCGUGUACGCUCGGCGAAGGCUGUGAAAAUUACAGAUGCCGCGCUCCUGAAGCGCUUGGGCAUCAUCUGUGGUGCAAUUGGUACCUGCCUGCUGGUGCGCACUUUGGUAUCGCCGCCGGAUGUGGUGGUGGGACGCACUGCCGAUGACCUUAAAGCGUUUCUAUGCAAAACCGAUUGGUGGGACUACACAUUCACCUCCAUGGAGGUCUUAUUUUUGGCCUGGGGCGUACGUCUCUGCAUCAUGGUGAGGAAAGCGCCCUCGGAGUUUAACGAAAGUCGCUUCAUAUCAAUGGCCAUAUAUAACGAAUUUUUGCUUACCUGCUUCCUAAAUGUGUCCAUGUUAUUCCUGCAAUCGCCUGCCAAUCCAGACUUGCUUUACAUCAUCUUCUUCUGCCACACCCAGCUGACUGUGACGCUGUUGCUGGCGCUUAUCUUUGGCAGCAAGGUGUACAUUGUGCUGCGCAGCGGUAAAUCACAUCAGGAGAACAUUGGGCUGGGAGCGAAGGCGUCGGGUGCUAAAUUCAAUUUUCGUCCACAGGUGCGCACCUUUGCGCAUCCCAGUUCGAUGACCACCUCGACGGCGCCCAUAGCGGGCAACACCUCGGCGGAGAACAAGCUGUCGGAUCAGGAGGCGCUGGAGGAGAUACGUCAGCUGAGCGUGCAGCUGCAGCGCAUACAGGAGAUGGCGCCGCCCAAGGGCGUGGCCGUCAUGACUAUAUCGAGUCUGCUGGAUGGUCUAAAGACGCCGGGCGGGCUUAUGGUGGUUGCCGCUGGGGCGCCGCAUGCGUCGAGCACUGCAACGUCGCAGCGGCAGAGCGCGCUGCCGCUGCUGGCGCUCAAUGCAGAGAUGCAAAAGUAUACGCAACAGCUGCAGCAAAACAACAACGCCAACGGCAAUGGACGCGCCAGCGCCGCAGCGCGUGGCAGCAUACCCACCAUGGUGCUGGAGACGCCGCCCUCAACCGGCACGCCCACGCCCACAGCAGCGCAGUACGAGGAGCGUGCGAUGAACACCGAGCUUAGUGGCGAUGAUUUUCGCCAGCAGCUGCUGCGCUACAGCGCCGACGGUCACAUCAUCUGCAGUCGCUGCCUGGACGCGUCCAAGGAGCAUUACUACUGCUGUGCGCCGCGCAACGCCUGCGAGCAGUUGGGUUCGCCACAACACGAGGGCAGCCUGAGCUUUGCCAACAUUAAGCUCGACUGCAUGUGCUCGCAAGCGGAUGAUUUGGAUCAGCAGCAGCAACAGCAGCAGCAGCGACGUCGUCCUGCAGUACGCAGCGCUGCUACCAAUACGCCGCCCACUAGCUGCAAGCGCGGGCCGCGCAAUCUACUCGAAGCCGAGAUUAGCAUUUCGUAUCAAAUUUGUGAUAACUGUAGAAAUAAGUCUAAGCUUAGUGAGCAGCCGCUGCCAGCGCGUCGACGCAGCGGCAGCUGCACACAAGCAGCGCCGCCACCGCCGCUGUCCAGUCAAGCGCGCAGCAGCGAGCAGCUGCUGGAACGUGCCAGCGUAAGCUGCAACAAAGUGGCGCGCUCCAGCGACGACAUUGCGCUCUAUACGAGUCGCUGCCUCGAGCCGUCCACUGAGGCGUCCACUGAGGCGUCCACUGAGGCGUGCGCGGAGGCGGCGGCGCCUUCGCUGAGCAAUGUCUCAAAUGCAUCGAACAACUCGACUAGCCAAACGGACAAGUCGAAUGGCACGCGACCCAAGCGACCCGACAAGCUAGUGCUGGAUCUGAACGAUCGCUCCAAGUAUACCAAGGAGGUUUCUGUCUAGACAGUGCAACACUUUUGUUUCCCCCACAAAAAAGACU